GAUUAAAAUUUACUAGUGCAAAGCUUGCGCCGACCGAUGGGAAGCUGAACAAGCGGCGUAUACAUUACAUACCCCCACAUAGGGUAGUGAAUUCCCGCCACUGCCAAACGCGAUAAACAUUUUCCCGCGAAUUCUCAGCGCAUUUUAAUAUUACCGUUCGUUUCAUCUUCUCUUUCAGUCUCAUUUCACUCUUUUCUGCAACAACACAACAAUGUCUCGUCGCAAUUCCAAUGGUCGAUCACCACUCGUUAAUCCUCAGCGUCAAAUCACUUCAUUCUUCACCAAAACUCCUUCCCCUUCUCCCUCUCUCACCAAAACCAAUCCCAAAUCAAACAACCCUAAUCCCAUUCCUAACCCUAAAUCUAACCCUAACCCUAGUCCUACACUUACUACACCUUCACCUCUCAAUCCCCAAAAACCACACAAGCCUCGUCUCGUCAUCGAUGCUUCUCCUACCACAACAACACCAACACCACCAUCCUCUUCGCAUUCUCAUUUCAUCGGUAAAAGGAUCAAGGUUUAUUGGCCUUUAGACGAUGCUUGGUACGAAGGUGUUGUCAAAUCAUUUGAUAGUGUUACUUCCAAGCAUCGGAUUCGUUACGAUGACGAUGAAGAGGAAUCAAUCGAUAUUUCCAAGGAGAAGAUUGAGUGGCUUCAGGAUAAUUCUUCUAAGAAGCUUAAACGGCUGCGGCGUGGUUCUUCGCCUAUUAGGAAGAUGGUGAUUGAGGAUAAUGAGGUAGAAGAAAGUCCCAAAGAGGAAAAAGAAGAACUUGAUGAUGAUGGUGAUAAUGAUGAUUCGGCUGAUGAAGAUUGGGGGAAAAAUGCUGUAUUGGAGGAUGUUGCGGAUGAUGAAGAAGAUAUGGAGCUGGAGGAAGAAAAUGAGGUUGUGGAGAACUCUAAUGGAAAGAGUAGGGGCAAGGUUGAGCCCAAAAAGAGGAAGCUCGGGGGAGCAGCGAAACCGGAACCUAUGAAAAAGAGCAAGAGUGGAAAGGAAGUUAAUGGGGUAGUAGCUGUUAAGCUCUCACCAUUGGAGGUUAAAAAGAUAUCUGAUGACUUAGUUAAUGCUGCAACUGGUGAUGCUUCUGAAAGAUUUGCGCUCCGUGAAGCUCAAAAGUUUCGCUUUCUGGGAAAAGAUCGCAGGGACGCCAAACGAAGGCGUCCAGGAGAUGAAAAUUAUGACUCAAGAACUCUCUACUUGCCUCCAGAUUUUGUGAGGGGUUUGUCAGAUGGCCAGAGACAAUGGUGGGACUUCAAGUCAAAACAUAUGGACAAAGUUUUGUUUUUCAAGAUGGGUAAAUUUUAUGAGCUUUUUGAAAUGGAUGCACAUGUAGGAGCAAAAGAGCUUGACUUGCAGUAUAUGAAGGGAGAGCAACCUCAUUGUGGAUUUCCAGAGAAGAAUUUCUCAAUGAAUGUAGAGAAACUGGCUAGAAAGGGUUAUCGAGUUCUUGUUGUAGAGCAAACUGAAACACCCGAUCAGCUGGAGCUUCGUCGCAAGGAGAACGGAUCUAAAGAUAAGGUUGUGAGACGGGAAAUAUGUGCAGUGGUUUCAAAAGGCACAAUAACAGACGGGGAGUUUAUGUCAACAAAUCCCGAAGCUGCAUAUUUAAUGGCACUGACUGAGCACCAUGAGAACCAUCCAAAUGAAAUGUCAGAGCGCAUCUACGGUGUUUGUGUAGUUGAUGUUUCCACAAGCAGAGUCAUUCUUGGGCAGUUCAACGAUGACUCAGAGUGCAGUGCAUUGUGCUCUAUCUUGUCUGAGGUCAGGCCAGUUGAAAUUGUGAAACCUGCUAAACUACUGAGUGCUGAAACAGAAAGGGUACUGCUGAAACACACCAGAAACCCUCUAGUGAAUGAAUUAAUUCCAACUGUAGAGUUCUGGGAUGCUGAUAAAACUUUGGAUCAAUUGAAGAGAAUUUAUGGGCACAAUAAUGAUGUUAGUGUUCAAGAUGGAGAGUUAGAUUGUCUGCCAGAUGUUUUACUGGAGCUGGUGAAAACAGGUCAUGACAGCAGAAGUGCACUCUCAGCACUUGGUGGUGCUCUCUAUUAUUUGAAACAGGCUUUCCUAGAUGAGCAGUUGCUUAGAUUUGCGCAGUUUGAGUUGCUUCCAUGUUCUGUUUUCAGUGGCCUUGCUUCAAAACCAUACAUGGUUCUUGAUGCAGUAGCCCUAGAGAAUCUUGAGAUUUUUGAGAACAGCAGAAAUGGAGAGUCUUCUGGCACGCUCUAUGCUCAAUUAAACCAAUGUGUUACGGCGUUUGGGAAGAGAUUGCUAAAGUCAUGGCUUGCAAGACCGUUAUGUCAUGUGGAGUCAAUUAAGGAACGCCAGGAAGCUGUUGCAUGUUUGAAGGGAGAAAAUCUACCUCACGCCCUAGAAUUUCGAAACACAUUAUCGAAGUUACCUGACAUGGAGCGGUUGCUUGCACGGGUGUUCUCUUCUAGGGAUGCUAGUGGAAGGAAUGCUAAUAAAGUGGUUCUGUAUGAGGAUUCAUCAAAGAAACAGCUGCAAGAGUUUAUUUCAGCCCUGCGCGGUCUUGAACUAAUGGCACAAGCUUGCUUGUCACUCGGUGUCAUUUUGAACAAUGUCAAAUCAACACAACUUAGUCAACUUUUAACACCUGGUAAAGGUCUUCCUGAUGUAAGUUCGGAUCUGAAUCAUUUCAAGGAUGCUUUUGAUUGGGUAGAAGCCAAUAACUCUGGCCGUAUAGUACCUCAUGAAGGAGUUGACAUAGAGUAUGAUUCAGCUUGUAAGGCAGUUAAAGAGAUUGAGUCCAGUUUAUUAAAGCACCUCAAGGAACAAAAGAAAUUACUUGGAUGCACAUCAAUCUCUUAUGUUCAUAUUGGAAAGGACACAUACCUAUUGGAAGUGCCUGAAAAUUUAUCUGAGAAUAUUCCUCGGGAUUAUGAGAGGCGUUCAUCCAAGAAAGGCGUCUGUAGGUAUUGGACUCCAGAUAUUAAAAUAUUUUUGAAAGAGCUCUCCCAUGCUGAAUCUGAAAAGGAGACCUUAUUGAAAAGUACAUUGCAGAGAAUGAUUGUGCGUUUUUGUGAGCAUCACACUCAGUGGAAGCAGUUGGUGUCUGCAACUUCUGAGUUGGAUGUUUUGAUCAAUUUAGCUAUUGUUAGUGAUUACUAUGAAGGACCAACAUGCAGACCGAGUUUUGCUGGGACAUUAUGUACAAAUGAAGCUCCAUACAUCUAUGCUAAAAGUCUGGGACACCCAGUUCUUAGGAGUGAUUCCUUGGGAAAGGCUGCCUUUGUACCUAAUGACAUAACCAUAGGUGGUCCAGAUCAGGCCUCCUUUAUUCUUCUUACAGGUCCUAACAUGGGUGGGAAGUCAACUCUUCUUCGCCAAGUUUGCUUGGCUGUGAUUUUGGCUCAGGUAGGGGCUGAUGUUCCGGCAGAAAGUUUUGAAUUGUCUCCCGUGGACCGAAUUUUUGUUCGGAUGGGUGCCAGAGAUAAUAUCAUGGCUGGCCAAAGUACAUUUUUAACUGAGCUUUCAGAAACUGCAACAAUGCUGUCAUCAGCAACUCGUAAUUCAUUGGUGGCUCUGGAUGAGCUUGGGCGUGGGACCUCAACGUCGGACGGACAAGCCAUUGCGGAAUCAGUACUAGAACAUCUUGUACAUAAGGUGCAGUGUCGUGGAUUGUUUUCUACACACUAUCAUCGAUUAGCUAUAGAUUAUCUCAAAGAUCCCAAGGUCUGUCUCUCUCACAUGGCAUGCCAAGUUGGUAGUGGCAGUGAAGGUUUGGACGAAGUCACCUUUCUUUACAGGCUGACUGCUGGUGCUUGCCCCAAGAGCUAUGGUGUUAAUGUUGCUCGAUUAGCUGGACUACCGACUUCUGUGCUUCAGAAGGCUGCUGCUAAGUCCAGAGAAUUUGAGGCCACUUACGGUAAAUACAGAAAUGCGUUACCUGAAACAAACUCUCUGAAUCAAAGUUGGGUCGAUGAGAUAACAGCUAUUGUACAAAAAUUGAACAAUGCUGCUACAAAUUUGAGUCGGGAGGAGACUGUUUCUGAUGGUUCCCUAAUGGAGCUUCAAUGUAAAGCAAGAAAACUUCUAGAACAAUGUUAAACUAUUUCAUGACAAUAUUAGUGCGAACAGAUCUGUUUUGUUGGUUGUGUUAGGCUUGUAUAUAGUUGCAGUGAAUUGGUGAUAUAUUUAAUACUGCAUUAGGCAGAGGAAAUCUGAAGAUGUAUUUUGAUUAGAAUUCAAUUGUCUAUAUUUGUAUUGGAAAAUUUUGAAAUUGAACGAGCAUCAUUAUUCAUGAU